CCAUUUCCUACCGCUUAUUCCCUUUCGGGGUCGCGGGGGGCGCUGGCGCCUAUCUCAGCUACAAUCGGGCGGAAGGCGGGGUACACCCUGGACAAGUCGCCACCUCAUCGCAGGGCCAACACAGAAAGACAGACAACAUUCACACUCACAUUCACACACUAGGGCCAAUUUAGUGUUGCCAAUCAACCUAUCCCCAGGUGCAUGUCUUUGGAGGUGGAAGGAAGCCGGAGUACCCAGAGGGAACCCACGCAUUCACGGGGAGAACAUGCAAACUCCACACAGAAAGAUCCUCAGCCUGGAUUUGAACCCAGGACUGCAGGAACUUCGUAUUGUGAGGCAGACGCACUAACCCCUCUUCCACCAUGAAGCCCAUUUAUUAUCCAUUUGUGAAAAUAACAGGACAUUUAUUUUACAAAUAUUUCUUGAAAAUAUCAUCUUAAGUAUUAAGUCCAAACAUUGAGUGCACAGACAUAUACAUGCACUAAUGUAAUUGUGCGCUAUAAGUGGAAAAGUAAAUAAAGACCAUAUUGUGCAAGCUCCAUGUUGAAUAUGGUGUUGGUUGUGAAUGUAGUUAUGCAAAAAAUCCACUAGAGGGCAAUAUAGACCAGGAUACCGUAAACACAAUGUAGUUGGUCUGGACUCCUCCCAGAGAGGAGGAUGUCGUUGCUAUCAAAUGAAACAAAGAGAUUAGACAGUGAGAGAGGAGAUCACCACCAGCAUUCUUGGCUGCACUUUCUGUCUGCUGAUACAUUUUUUCUUCUAAUUUGGAUAUAUAUUUUCGGACAGCAUUUGGACAUUUUAUAUUGGUGCCUUAUGUGGAUAUAAGGGAAUGAUGAAUGCUGCAGGAAGAUGGAGCUCGGUGCGGAUGUUUGUGCUCUUUGUGCUGCUGGAGUGUUACUGGGAAGCGGUGUGCGGCCAGCUCUCUUACUCUGUGGCGGAGGAAGUGAAUGUGGGGACCGUUGUGGGGAACAUUGCUAAGGAUUUGAACCUAAACGUCCAGGAUUUGGAGUUCCGCAUGUUUCAGAUCGUUGAAAGAACCAAGAGGAAAUAUUUGGAGGUAAACCUAAAGACUGGAAUCCUGUAUGUUAAUGAGAGGAUAGAUCGAGAGGAACUGUGUGGAGACCAAUCCAAAUGUUCCCUCAGUGUAGAGGCUGUGAUUAAUAAUCCGUUAAAACUGUACCGUAUUGAAAUUAGAAUAUUAGAUGUAAAUGACAAUCAUCCUUCGUUUUCAGAACAUGUUCAGGUAUUAAAUAUUAGUGAGACAACCGCAGCAGGAGCAAAAUUCCCUCUGCAUGCAGCUCAUGACGCAGACGUUGGUAAAAAUACCGUAAAUUCCUACAAGCUUAGCCAAAACGAAUAUUUCUCUCUAGAAGCACAUAAAGGAUCAAGUGUGACGCCAGAAUUAGUGCUUCAACGGCUUUUGGACCGAGAAAAACAGUCCGGGAUCACACUCACAUUGACUGCUAUUGAUGGAGGAACACCAGCUAAAACAGGAACUAUGACUAUUGUUGUCAAUGUACUGGAUAUCAAUGACAAUGCUCCUGUAUUCAGUCAAAGUCUAUACAAAGCUACAAUGUAUGAGAAUGUUAGGAUUGGCACAUCAAUAAUAACAUUAAAUGCUACUGAUUUAGAUGCAGGACAAAACGGACAAGUGUUUUAUUCUUUCAGUGAAGGAAGUAAAAGGAAACAGACAAAUUUGUUCUCAAUUGAUGGAAAAACUGGAACAGUUAGAAACAAGGAAAACAUUGAUUUUGAAGAAACUAAUGCAUUUGAGCUUAGAAUACAGGCUAGUGAUGGAGGCCCUUCUCCCUUAACCUCUCACACCAAAUUGUUAAUAGAAGUUUUAGAUGUCAAUGACAACGCCCCUGAAAUUUCAGUGACAUCAUUGUUAAACACAGUGAAAGAAGAUGCAACGAUUGGAACUGCCAUUGCAAUUGUCUCUGUGUUGGACAAAGAUGGAGGUAAAAAUGGUUUGGUGCAAAUUAACCUUAACAACAAUGUACCUUUUAAACUUGAAUCAAAUUAUAAGAAUUCAUAUUCUUUAGUUGUUGAUGGUCCUCUUGACAGAGAGACUGUAUCUAUGUACAAUAUUAGCAUCAUUGCAACUGAUGAAGGAAGUCCACCUCUGUCCAGCACCAGUCUUAUUAAUGUGCACAUCUCAGAUGUUAAUGACAACCCGCCUCACUUCUCAGAGCCAAUCAUUAAUGUUUACAUCAAAGAAAAUAGUCCACCAGGAUCAGUAAUUCAUAGAGUGACUGCAGUUGAUGACGACAUUGAUCAAAAUGGGCGAGUGAGUUAUGCAUUUGUACAAAGUAGCACUGACUCCAUGCCACUAACUACAAUGAUAAACAUCAACUCAGAGAGUGGAGAUAUAGUCACUUUGCAGUCUUUUGACUAUGAGAAGUUAAAGACGUUCCAGUUUAAAGUUCAGGCCACAGACUCUGGUGUUCCUCCACUCAGCAGCAACGUGACUGUCAAUGUUUUUAUCCUGGAUGAGAAUGACAACAGUCCCACCAUUCUGGCGCCAUAUUCUGAGCACAGCUCCGUUAACAGUGAGAGCAUCCCCUAUUCUGCUGAAGCGGGAUACUUUGUGGCAAAGAUCAGGGCUGUAGACGCAGACUCUGGAUACAAUGCACUGCUCUCCUAUCACCUGUCUGAGUCCAAAGGCAACAACAACAACAACAACCUCUUCCGGAUCGGAACCAGCACCGGGGAGAUCCGCACCAAGAGGAGAAUGAGUGACAAUGACCUGAAAAGUCACCCCUUGGUGGUGUCGGUGUGUGAUCAUGGAGAAGCCUCCCUGUCAGCUACUGUGUCUAUUGAUGUGGUGGUGCUUGAAAGCACAGCUGACAUCCACACUCAGUUCAGACAUGUGCCCAUAAAGGAGGAGAACUUCUCUGACUUACACCUGUACCUGCUCAUCGCCAUUGUGGCCGUGUCACUCAUCUUUCUGCUCAGCCUCAUCACUUUAAUAGCCGUCAGAUGCCACAGACAGACAGACGGCACUUUCGGCAGGUACGGCGCCCCGAUGAUCACCACCCAUCCUGACGGGAGCUGGUCUUACUCCAAAGCUACUCAGCAGUAUGACGUGUGUUUCAGCUCAGACACACUCAAGAGUGACGUAGUGGUUUUCCCCGGACCUUAUCCACCUGUAGAUGCUGAACUGAUCAGUAUUAAUGGAGGAGACACCUUUACCAGGACUCAGACUUUACCUAACACUGAUAAGGUGAGUCCAAUAUACAUCCUCUCUUUAUGAUGCAUUUUAUUCUCACGUCCCAUGUUUGUGUGGUAAACUGCAAUAGUUUGAGUGGAAAUAACAAAUCUCCAGAUGUAAAUAAAUAUUUGUUUACAUGUAACUAUAGUUAGCAGUAAUAUUGGAGAAGAUAUUCCUACCAGGACUCAGACUUAUCUCUAAGCAACUAUACUGUGGGAUAUUCGUUAAGUGAUGUGUCUCGCCAAUUGUACAUUCAAUGGAUGAUAAGUAAAAAAAAUAAGCUAGCCCUAAGUUGUGUUGGUAUCCACGAGUUUGCACAAUGUUUGACCUUUUAGUAGUUUAGGGUUAUUUUAAGAUUGUAACUGAUAUAGGCGCCAGCGCCCCCCGCAACACCAAAAGGGAAUAAGUGGUAGAAAAAUGGAUGGAUGGGGUUAUUUUAAAACAGCCAACAAAAAAAUGUCUGGUUAUAAUAGUGUCUAAAAAAAAUGAAAAACCUUGUUUAGAAAGACUGUUGGUUUACAAACGCAUACUGAGAUGGUAACAACAAUAUUACUGUUUACAAGUUAAUGUAUUUUUAAUUAAAAUAUGCUUAAUGUCAGCAAGCUCAGAUUUCUUACAUGUUAGUACUCAGUUCAUGAAUUGAAUACAGACUAAUAAUUAUAUUGAGAUGUUGAGUGCAUAGUUGAUGUGCCUCGCUAUCCGCGUGCUGAUUGUGUGUUUUGGUUGUUGUUUUCAUACAACUAAAACAGGUGUUCUUCCAUUUAGGAAUUAAUCGUGGACACAAUCGAUGGCUUUUACACAUUGGGAUAUUGCAUAUGCAGGAUUUUAAUUUGUCCUAAAUUGAAAUUAAAAUAGUGUGAAUUGUGUCUUGUGGGAGUAAAAGGUACAUAUUUUUUAAUAAAAAGCGACUUUGUAAAUGUUGGUUAUGCAUG